GGUAGGUUUAAAUCGCUGUCUUAGUUCCAUAGAAACCAGCUCACCUGCUGCCGGACAGAGCCACAGGAGGACAGAUGGACUGUGGGGUGCAUAUGGAAACUACAAUGUCCAGACCAGUCCUCUCUCCAGCCCGCAUCAAUGCUACAGCUUCUGAAACAUUCACGAUACUUCAGCAAAGGACGAGAAUAGUUGAGGAGCAGACCAGUUCUCUGAGGGAUGACCUAAUAAUGUUGGACUUUGGUGAAAAAAGAGGCCACUUGGAAACUCCAAAAUGUUUAGAAGAGCCUGUGAGCCAGAACAUCAUUAGCCCUAUCCAGAAUGAAAUAAUUUGUUCAGGAAAAACAGAUAUUUUCUGGAAGAAAUGUGAGUUUCUGGUAAGUCGAAUGUGCCGUCUGGAAAGCCUCAUCCAGUCCUUGAAGAUGAACAUCUUCCAUCUGCAAACUGAAAAGGAUUUGAACCCACAGAAAACAGAUUUUCUGAAGGAAAGACUGAAUACAAUACAGGAGGAGCAUUCCAAGGACCUGAAGCUAUUGCAACUGGAAGUGAUGAAUUUGCGCCAGCAACUAAGAGAUGUAAAAGAGAAAGAAGACAAGGUACAAGAUGAGGUGCAAAGGUUGACUGUGACUCUGCAGCUUGCCUCAGAGACAAAGAAGAAUGCAGCCGUUAUUGAAGAGGAACUGAAGACCACAAAACGUAAAAUGAAUCUUAAAAUUCAGGAGCUAAGGAGACAACUGUCUCAAGAGAAGCACCUAAGGGAAUCUCUUGAGAAAUCUGGAUCAGCCUUGCUACUCAAAAUACAAGAAAUGGGAUCAAAGGUGGAGAUGGAACGGAAACAGGUGCAAAUUUUGCAGCAAAACUGCAUUGCCCUACGCAGUUCUAUUCAGACCACCCAAGAACUACUGGCACAGGAGCGACAACAGAAAGGAGAGUUGGAGACCGCUACCUCACAGCUCAAGUCUGAUCUAGUUACUAGAGAUGACCUCAUUUCCAAGUUGGCUGAAGAAAAUAAGAAUAUACAGAUGUCUUUCAACAAGGAACAUGAAGAAAAUGCAUAUUUGAGGUCUGAAAUAAUAUUCCUUCAUGAAGCAGCAGAAAAAGCACAGGUUUUGAAUGACCAACUGACUAGAAAGUGUUCAGAGCUGAACAGAAUGCUUCAGACUGUUAGAAUGGAAAAUACCAGAAUCAUUGCUGACCACCAAGCCAUUCUGCAGGAAGAACAGAAAAUGAUGACACAGACAUUUCAAGAACAAAACUUACUGCUGGAUGCAGCCCAUGCCAGUAUCACAAGUGAGCUGCAGACUGUUCAGAAUGAGAAAACACAACUCCAAAUGCAUCUGGACCAUUUAGUCCUUGAGCAUAACCAGUGUAUCCAGAAAGCACAGGAUGCUGAGAAGAGGGCAGCUGUGCAAAAAGAGCUGCUAGAAUCAACUAUUGCAAGAUUGCAAAGGGAACUGGACGCAUCAAUGCAAGAGAAGACCUCUCUGCUAGAGGAGAAAGAAGGACUUCAGAGAGAGGUUAAUAAAACGGAGAAAGAAAUAGCAGAAGAAAAAUGCAACUUGGAAAAGGAAUUAGCUAAAAGCAAGGUAGACAUAAAUGCAUCAACCCGCAACCUGCAGACUCUAGAGGAAAAGAAUAAGCAACUGGCAGAUCAAAUUGCUUCCCUAGAACUUGAGCAGGCAACUUCUGAUUACCAUUGGGGGUAUAAAAAGCUUGCCCAACAGCAGGUGGAAAAUGUCUUGGGAAAAAUUACUGAGAGUAAAAAUAAACUGGCCUAUGAAAAGGGAAGACUACAGAUAAAAGUUAAGCAGCUAGAAGAACAACUACAUUCUUUUACUGAAACCAGUUCACAGAAUGACCAUCUACGCAAGUUGAAUAAGGCACUAGAGGGCAGAUAUGCUCAGGUGAAAUCCAUUCUUGAAAAGAAUGAAGAGGAGCUCUCACGAGUUGUGAAGGGUCGUGCUGCAGCCCUGAAAGAGAGUCAGAAGUUGAAAGGUGACCUCGAAGCUUUGGAGGGCAGGGAGAACAAGAAGGUGGGAAACUUCCAGCGACAACUGGCAGAAGCUAAAGAAGACAACUGCAAAGUUACAAUCAUGCUGGAGAAUGUGUUGGCUUCUCACAGUAAGAUGCAAGGCGCUCUGGAAAAAGUGCAAAUAGAGCUUGGGCGGAGGGAUUCAGAGAUUGCAGGCCUCAAGAAAGAAAGGGCUCUAAAUCAACAGCGGGUACAGAAGCUGGAAGCAGAAGUGGACCAGUGGCAGGCCAGAAUCCUUGUCGUGGAUGCCCAGCACAGCAGUGAGAUGGAGCCUCUACAAAAAGCUCUAGAUGUAGCUAGAGAAGACAACAGGAAACUGGCUAUGAGCCUGGAGCAAGCUCUCCAGACAAAUAAUCAGCUGCAAACAAAGCUUGACCAUGUUCAAGAGAAAUUGGAAAACAAAGAACUUGAGCGAAAGAAUUUGGAAACCUGCAGAGAACGGAUGAGUGAAGAAUCCAAAAUAGAAGCAGAAUUGCAUGCUGAACGCAUAGAUGCUCUAAGAAAGCAGUUUCAAAUUGAGAGAGAAACUGCAAAGAAAGCAGCACAACGGGAAGUGACUGAGCUGAAGAAGGCCCUUGAUGAAGCCAACUUCAGAUCAGUGGAAGUAUCCCGGAGCAACCGAGAGCUGCGGCAGAAACUUACAGAGUUGGAAAAGAUCCUGAACAGCAGCAAGGAGAAAAUAAAGAAUCAAAAGGCCCAAAUUAAGCUCCACUUGUCAGCUAAGGCGAAUAAUGCUCAGAAUAUAGAGAGGAUGAAGCAAAUAGAAACAGAAUUGAGGCAAAUGGAGCUAAUUAAGGAUCAAUAUCAGAAAAAAAACUAUGAACAGUCACUGAGUAUCCAGAAAUUUGUAUCUGAAAUGACUAACCUACAGAAGGAGAUGAAGCUGUUGGCCAAGAGCCAAUAUGAUAUGUCAGCACGGAAUAAACAGCAAGAGCUGCGACUUGAGGCAGAGUGGAAAAGGAGGCAGGAGCUGGAGCAUCGGUGCCAGGAAUUGGAAGAAACUGUUAGACACCUGAAGAAAUGUAAAGAGGCAACAGAGAAUAAACUGAAAGAAACUAGUAUGGAAUCAGAACAGGUAUCAGCUAACCUGGAAGAAGCUCAGCGCUGGUUUAAGUGCAGACUUGAUGGCCUACAACUUGAGCUGACCAAAAACCGGUUGCAGAGGGAAGACAGGUGGCGGGAAGAGGACCAAGAUAAAAGGCACAACGGCAUAUCCAAUCAGUCUGCUCUACAUCGAUGGGAGAAUAAACAGAAUCUUAGACUUGUGCCCAAGAAGUGUCAUUCUGAACUAAAGAGAAAGUGGUGUCCUUGACAGAGGAGCUUCUUCACUUAGAACAGCUACAUCACCCUGAUUCCCUGAGCCCAGCAACUAGGGCUGGGCUGUUUCCACCGUCAUCAGGACAUGAAGUCUUUGAUGUGGACUAGAGAUUUUGGACCUGAGUUUAUCCUUUUAUGAACUCUUUGAUAUCAAUACGGAACCACCCCAUCUUUUUUGUCCCUUUCCCCAUUUUCGACCCAAUAAAUUUAUAUUAAUGUGUUGUAUAA